AUGGCUUUUUUGGACAAUCCUGCUAUAAUCUUGGCCCACAUCAGGCAGUCUCAUGUGACCAGCGACGACACAGGAAUGUGUGAGAUGGUCCUCAUAGACCAGGAUGUGGACCUGGAGAAGUGCCAGCUCACCGUGGUGCCUGGUAGCAGCUGCGGCUCGUCCGGACUGAGCUGUCUCAUUGAAGCCGGUAGCAGCGUGACGGAUAACCACGUGUGCGACUUGUCCCAGUCCAUGGACAUCACCUCCAGCUGGGACUUUGGCAUUCGCCGGCGCUCCAAUACAGCUCAAAGGCUCGAAAGGCUAAGAAAAGAGAGGCAGAACCAAAUCAAGUGUAAAAACAUUCAGUGGAAGGAAAGAUCGUCCAACCAGUCUGUGGACGAUCUUGGCUCUUUAUUUGAAAAAAAGGACUUCAAAGACAGGCCCAGACAAUCUGGGGUCAAGUCCACCCUGUCGCUGCGGCUGGAGCAGUGCCCCCAGCAGCUCAACAACCCCUUCAAUGAGUACUCCAAGUUUGAUGGCAAGGGUCACAUCGGUACAACGUCUACAAAAAAGAUUGACGUCUAUCUUCCAAUGCAACUGGGUCAGGAGAAAGUUCAUCCAAUGACUGUGGUGACCAUUGCCAACGCCCGUGUCCACGACCUGAUCGGCCUCAUCUGCUGGCAGUACACCAGUGAGGGACGAGAACCUAAACUAAAUGAGAAUGUGAACGCCUACUGCCUCCAUAUUGCAGAGGAUGAUGGGGAAGUGGACACCGAUUUCCCUCCACUGGACUCAAACGAACCCAUCCACAAGUUUGGUUUUAGCACUUUGGCCUUAGUAGAGAAGUAUUCUUCGCCUGGACUCACUUCUAGACAGUCACUCUUUGUCAGAAUAAAUGCUGCUCAUGGUUUCUCUUUAAUCCCUGUGGAUAGUCUAAAAGUUACCAUGAAGGAAAUCCUCCAGAAAGCUCUAAAAAAGAGAAAAGGCUCACAGAAAGGCGCAGGGCCCAUGUACCGUCUGGAGAAGCAGAUGGAGCCAAACUUAGCUGUUGACUUGGACUCGAGCUUGGAGAGCCAGAACACCCUGGAGUUUUGCCUCGUCAGAGAAAACAGUUCUAGAGGUGAGGAGAGCUCAGAGGAAGACCCGCCCAUUGAUAUCACCACAGUCCAAGACAUGCUGAGCAGCCACCACUAUAAAUCCUUCAAGAUCAGUAUGAUCCACAAGCUUCGCUUCACCACUGAUGUCCAGCUAGGCAUUUCAGGAGAGAAAGUUGAAAUCGACCCAGUAACCAAUCAAAAGGCCAGCACCAAGUUCUGGAUUCGGCAGAAACCCAUCUCCAUCGACUCGGACCACCUGUGUGCCUGUGAUCUGGUGGAGGAGAGAAGCCCCAGUCAUGCAAUAUUCAAGCUGACCUAUCUCAGCAACCACGACUACAAGCCUCUGUACUUUGAGUCUGACGCUGCGACUGUUAAUGAAAUUGUCCUCAAGGUGAACUACAUCCUGGAGUCUCGAGCCAGCACCUCUCGGGCCGAUUACUACGCCCAGAAGCAACGCAAACUGAGCCGGCGGACCAGCUUUAGUUUCCAAAAGGACAAGAAGAGCGGCCAGUAGACGAGCCGAGGAUGCUGGGGCAGCUGAGCGAUGACCAUCUGCUGUGUUUGUGGAGCCUUUCACAACACAAAGGUCAGCAGGCUGGAACAUCAGGGACACAGAGACUCAGACAGAUUCCAUCCAAGACCGCCAUGAAGAAGGACAACAGCAGAGAGCUGGACACCUCAGACCAGAACCUUUGUUAUUUUUCUAAAGAUGAAGAAGAGUGAGAGGAAGUGUCAACAGUCUGGUUGAACGUUUGCACUGGAUGUUUUAGUUUACUUUGUUUAGGACUGUCCUCCAGGACGGACGUGUGGAAUUCAACCAAUCAGAGCUCUGUGUUUAAAACUCUGCUUUUUUCCAUUUCUCUAAUAUCAUUUUAAAUGUACUGUACAUAAACAUUUUAUAUUCUAAAAAAUAAUAAAUAACAUUGAAUGAAAUAAUCACAAUGCAAAACAAAUUUGGAGUUCAUUGAAAAACUGAAAUGACCUAAAGUGUUUCUAUAAACCAAUGAAAUGUAAUAAAAUUGACCUUUGCUAUGAGA